GCUUUGCUGUGAGAGCUGUCUCCGUGAAAGAUGGUGAAUUUUUUAACAGGAGCUUUAUUAUCUUUCCUGAACUGCAUCGGUGAGCUUUUCUAUGGACAGAUCACCACUGACUUCAAACCAUGCCUUAGAUUUUUCUACAAAGAAACUAUCCCACAGGGUAUCAGUGGAGACAGCUAUGUGGCUCUGUGUCAGCUAUAUAAUGAUGAAUACCGCUUUGCUACCCUGUAUGACAAAAGCCGUCGUAUCCCACUGUACUCUGCGUAUAUCCUCAGGGCAAAGGUUCAAGGAGGAGGUUCAAGGACCAGGAAAGAAUCAUGGAAGGUUCAGCCAGAGCUGGAUAACCCAGGCAAAAUACCAAUGGCAUCCCGAGACGAUGAAAAACAUGAAAAAUUGGAGAACAGCCAAGCAGUCAAUGAAGACUACACAAACUCUGGUUAUAGCAGAGGCCACCUCGCCCCCAGCGGUCACCAAGAGACAGAUGAUGACCGCAAAGCUACCUUCACCCUGACAAAUAUUGUUCCUCAGAAGGAAGGCUCCAAUACUGGCACCUGGGAAGCUCAGGAACAGAAGAUGUUAAAGAGGCUUAAGGACUGCACGUCACGAAUGUAUGUUAUCACUGGAGUCAUGCCUUAUGAGUCUAAUGAACCCAAGAUCAACAACAGGGUGCACGUUCCUGAGUACAUGUGGACCGCUUACUGCUGCGAAUCGUUCAAAGGGGAGGCUGACCAGAACCACUUUCCUACAUAUGCUGCAGUGGGGCGAAAUGACCAGAACAGUCCUGAGGACAUUGUGAAAAAAGACCCCAAUAAUAAGGGCUAUGAUGUGAAGGAGAUGUCCUUGGAAAGCCUGGAGAAGAUCCUGAAAGAAAGGCUAAAGAUGUCUAAACUCAGUCUCUUUAAAGACCAGUGUAAGAGUGACAAGUCAAAAACUCAUCACUGA